UUCCUGCUUCGAUAUCUAAUUCCAGCAUGGCUUGUUUUAACCGUUAUUUUGCUGUUCAGCUUCUAUCGCCAAUCGUCGAAAAGGGAAGAAUCAGCUUCACAAGUGAAAAGCAAAUUGAACCACAGCUUCAGGUUUCUGUCAAAGACUGAAAUUUUAAGAGAACGCUUUCAGAAAGAGAACGGACUUGUGGGUGCGAUCAGGAAAAAUUCUUAUGGGACUUCUGGAACGGCGGUUUGUGUUGUAGAUCCAGCAAUGACUGAAUGUGGCGGCAGUGGGUUCUCUUCUUUUCUCCUGUUCACGUUGGAUCAUAUUAUGGUGUGUCGCGCUCUAGGAAUCAACCAGCAAACUGUGUUCUGGAGAGGUUGUAAUUCCGCUUGCGCGCGGGACCCAGCUGUAAACUCGUGGAUGUGGUAUUUCGAGCCUGUUAACGAAGGAAUGGAAUCAAAAGUUGAAAAUGUUUUUUGUCCUUUAAGCCUUAAAGAUAUUACAGAAUUCAGGUUAGAGCAUUUUAGCCACAUGGAUGAAGCUGAUUUAAGGACAACGAUCAUAGAUAAUAGUUUUAGUGAUAGAAGCGACGUUGAGGGAUAUGGUGAAAGCCGGAUCAUAACAACAACGGAAAGAAUCCGUGUAAACAAAUUAAUUCGUCAGUAUGUUAAGCCCAAUUCUCGAGUAAAAGAGAGAGCAGACCUAUUUUAUCUUCGAAAUAUGGCGGGGUUCACUCUUUUAGGAGUUCAAGUUAGAGCAACAGAUCACUGGAUGGAAGCGAAAGAUCACAAGCUGCCGUCCGUGAUAAGCUGGGUGGAGAGAGCACGAGAAAUUCUUGAAACUUUGCCUGAGCCAAGAAAGAUUUUCAUCGCCAGCGACAACACUGAAGUUAUCCAAAAAUUUAUUGGUGUUUUUGGAAAAGAAACGGUUAGUGUUGAUUUUGUAUAAUGUAAGUCCAUUCAGCAUUGCAGUCGCUCUAUUCAAAGUUUACAAGCGUUAAUUUACUAGUAACGAAAAAGGAAAACAGGAAUAGAUUUUCACGCAUUUGCUUGUGACAGAUUUGUUACACCCAUUUGGAAAUCACUGGUGAUCCUUGUGAUCUGAUUGGCUCUCGGUAGUGCGAUUUAUUCCCAAAUUGCACCAUUUCUUGCUUAAGUAUCAUUUCUAUCCCAAACAACGAGAAAGCGACCCUGAAACAAAACAAACAAUCAAAUUUCAUUUCUUGUUUAAAGUAACUAAUUGCAGGAAAAUGAAAGACAAAGAAGCCAUCGUGUGGCGAAUUUUAUAACAUUUGUCUUCAAAACUUGUGUUUGUCUUUUUUUCCCAAAUAAAUCUAUAAGUUUUAUUGAGGAUAAAAUUUGGCGAUUUUAUGUAACAAGUGGAAAUUUACCAUCUUGCUGUGCAAUCGUGAAGGGGGCGGUCAAAUUUGAAUCCAGGGGGUCAUAUUUUGAUCCAGUGAUUUUUGUUGCUUUAUUGUUUUGCAGGUUGUUUUCACAGAAGCUUUCCGAGCAAAGGAAUAUCACAGUCAGACGCCUCCGCAUGUAUUUAAAUUCAAAUACAACGCAACUCACCCGUACGAGCGAGAAAUUGGCACCCAAGUGCUGAUGGACAUUCUGCUCUUAGCCAAGUGUGACGUGUUUUUACAUGCCGAGUCCAGUGUAGCCGCUCUGGCAAGUUACUUCAACCCGCAUAUGAGAAGCUAUUUCAUGGAUGAAAAGCCUGCUAAGGUUGGUUUAACCCUUUAA